AUGGUCAAUGCUUUUCCAUAUCAUUUGAAUAAAAGGGCUGCUACGUUUGAACAAUGUUCGGUUCAUCCAGAUGCAGCGGUAAUUAGUAAUGUAACACUUAGCCCUGAUCCUCCAAAAUCUGGUUCUAAUCUCGAAGUUAAAGGUUCAGCAACGACCAAAACCAAUAUUGAUAAUUUAGAUUUAUUCGCUUUAAUAAUUGAAACUGCAGGUAAAAACAUAUUCACUGGCCCGUUUGUAGAUAUUUGCACCAAAACUGAAUGUCAAACAACAACAUUUAACUUUGACAAACUCUAUAAUUUAUCAGACUUAACAUCGCUUCCAGCAAAAUACGACGUUGGAGUUUUAAUCGGACCUGAUCCAUUCAUGAUAAAAGCUUGUGGAGUAGCUUCCUUCCCAGAAUAA